UACUCUGCUGAGAUUGAUUUUUUUUAUUGUCAGCGAUCUUCGCAUUAAACUGCGCUCCUUUCGAUGUCUUUACUCGCUGAUUGACUUUCUUUCUCGCAGCUGAUGAACUUCCGAGAUGUUACAGCUUGAAACAGACAACGACAGAAAAGUUCAAAUGGGGUGGGGGUGGUGUUGGUGGAGGGCAAACAGUGUAAACAAAUCCGACCAGCACUCAGACGCAUCUAUUCCUGGCGGGCCCGUAGCGUUUAAUAUCCCCGCUUUGUUUGUUUAUUUGUUUGUUUGUUUGUGUGAUUGAACUUUUUUUUCGACAGAUUUGUUGCGACACCAAACUUUGGCGACAUGGACGCGCACCGCGGCGCGCCUCCGGCCGGGCAGCAGAUCGUGCACGUCCGCGGGGACUCGCAGACGGAGCUGGAGGCCCUCUUCAUAGCGGUGAUGGACCCCAACAAUCCGGGCAGACCGCCGGCCUCUCUGCCCAUGAGGAUGAGGAAACUGCCGGACUCCUUCUUCAGGCAGCCGGAUCCCCGAGGCCACUCCAGACAAGCCAGUUCGGAUGGAGGUGUGUGCGGUUCCCUCACUCCUCAUCACGUCCGCGCCCAUUCCUCUCCUGCCUCUCUACCAGUCAACUCCCUCUCCACUCAAGCGGCUGAUGUAGCAGCGACGCCAAUCAUACCUGAUGAUGUGCCACUCCCCCACGGUUGGGAAAUGGCCAAAACGCCCACUGGCCAACGAUACUUCCUCAAUCACCUGGAAAAGACAACCACUUGGCACGACCCCCGCCUCGCGCAGCUUCAAUCGGCUGCACCUCAGCAUUCGAUCACUGGCACUCCAGUCCAUGCCCACUCCCUCAGCAACCCAGCACCCACUACGCAACCACAAAACAUCAAUCCAGAGACAGGUCCACUGCCUGAAGGCUGGGAGCAGGCUGUGACUGCAGAUGGAGAGGUGUACUACAUCGAUCACAUAAAUAAGAACACCUCAUGGGUCGACCCGUGUCUAGUCCAGAAGAUGAACCCUGGCAUCCUUGGCUUGGCGAUGCAGCAAAGACAGGAAAAGGAACGGCUCAGAAUCAAACAACAGAUGCAAAUGACAUCACAGGACGCAGGAGGAAGGAACCAGAUGCCCGGUGGGAUGGACCAUGACAGGAACGCACAGACGCUUGUCCCGUCUCUGGAUGUCAGGAUCCGAACCUCAAAUCAUGAACCUACACUUAAUGGCGCUCACUCUCGCAACGAGAGCACUGACAGUGGCCUGAGCGUCAGCAGCUUACCACGCACGUCGGACCACAUGUUGAGCUCUGUGGAUCACAUGGACACCGGUGACUCCGGCGAAACCUCUGCGAUGACCCUGCAAGAGUCGAUGCCUGUGCUCCCGAUGUCUGAGGGUGAGGAGCUAAUGCCCUGCAUCCCUGAAGGUCUGAGUUCAGACCUCCUGAUGGACAUGGAGACGGUUCUCUCUGGCUCGCAUAUGGACAGAGACAGCCUGCUCACCUGGCUAUAGACACGCCCGGCCACCCACCGCCAUCAAGUCUUCAUAACAUGACUGUGAUUUCUGGAGGAUUUCUGUGGCUUUAAAAGUGGUACAAGAGCAACAAUACAGAGCUAAUACCUUACCGUCGUGUGAUGGAUACCUAACACUACUCGCACCCUGAGGAUUGAAAUAAUCUGACUCUCACAGAAGGUGGUAAGCUGCUGGUAUUCUCCUUUUCAGGCCUGGUUUUACAGGGAUGCACAAUGGAGCAUUCAUAUUUUUACGACACUCCUUUCUUUUUAGUCAUUGACCUCAGAUGAAGCUCCCCACAUCUUUGGUAAAGUGCAUCACAGCUAAUUUUAGCCUACAGAUUUGUUUUAUUAUACCCACUUGGGUAAUACUGUUUGCAACACUUUGCAACUUUUAAAAGCACAGUGUCAAGUCAGUAAAGUCUGCAUGUAGCAGUUACAUAAACACAAGAAAGACGUGUUGAAAUAGCAACAAAUGUCCAUCGGUUACUUCAUGGGAUAAAAGUGCAACAUCUGGUGCUUCUACCUCUAAUUGGUGAUUUUAGUGCACGUGUUCACAGCUGUUCAAAACAUGAUCUUAAAAAAGCGUCACAACUGACGGCAAGAGAUGAGUCAAAUACUUUAUCAGGAUUAACACUACAUAGGUUCCAUUGAAUCAGUGAUUCAUGCUGGAAAAAGAAUGUGAUUUACUUCUGCGUUAGGCUCAAAACUGAAUGCGGCAUCCAUGAUUGUCUUCAGAUAUUUGUUCUGAAUUGUCUCUGCUUGUUUCCCGCUGAUGGUGGUAGGAGACUGAAGGUGCAGAAGAGCUUUUUGUAAAUAUUGGUAGCCCCUUUAUUUGAAUCUUCAGUGCUCUAAACUGAAGAGAUGACCGAUGUUUCAAGGUUGAUGAAUCAACAGGAGCCAUCGAAGCUCCACAGAGACAUGGGGGGGAGAGGACGCACCCUUGUGGUGAGUCAGAAGAUGAAAAACACUAAGUAGACUCAGUAAAAAUGCUCACAGGCCAGAAACCAGUAUUAAAACCCCCAUCAGAGUUGCUUGUACAUCCGCAUGUAAGACUGGGGGUGCUCCAAACCAAGAUGAUAGUACCUUUUAUAAAAAAAAAAAAAUGAAGUUAAGGAGGAUAAGCUUUAUCUUUAGUCACAGUAGAAACCUCAUGCCUAACAAAUCUGUCAAACGCCUCAGAGAAAUAAAGAACACAAGUGUAAAGGAGUCUUAACUUUGGACACUAAAAUUGUAAUAGAGUCUGUUGGGGUUUGAAUAUACAGAGGAUGUCUACAGUAGAUGAACAUGUGUACAGAAUAAUGCAAUCCAAGAUAAUACAGGGUUUCCCCCAGGAAGCUGUAAUCCUAACGCGUCUGGUCUUGUGAUCAAUUUAGUUAAUAGCUGACGGCCUGAACAACAGCCGCACUCAUUAGAUAAAUGGCCUCUGCUGUGUAAAAUAGCACCUCUGCUUUUGGUUUAUUCCUUUUGCUCCUUUGCUCUAAAACCCUGCAACAGCCUUGCUAUAACCAAGUUACUAAUAUUCAAGAUUUGUUAUCACUGUGUCUGAUGUUACAUGAAAUUUAUGGUUAUAAGUUUUAAGUUUUGUUGUUGUAUUGGAUUGCAUUUUUAUUUGUAGUGCCAGUUAUUGUGUCUACUCCGGGAUUGAAUAUAAGCUUCACAAAGGUAGUAUUUAUUGGAGAUUUGAUUUAUUGGAUUGCAUUGUAUCAUACAGUUGUUUGUAAUAUUAUUAUGUCCACCCCUUCUUUAAGAAAUGAUGCCACAUCAGGGUGUUUUUCUCUCCUUUUGUGUGCAUGAGAGAUUUUCGCUGUUCUUCUUAUCAGUGGGAAGAAAAUGUCUCCAGCAGCUUUUAAAUUGGCCCUGAAGCACAGAUGAAAAAUAUUAACCAGCCAGCACCCCAUCAACUUUAGUAUUAAACAGUUUUAUUCAAUUUUUCUCACUUUCCCCACUAUUGACUUGAUACAUUCCUAAAGAAUUUUCACAUCAACAUUGGUAAUUAUAGCGUGCGGGGGUUGCAUUUAGGUUUUAGCUCCUAAACUACAAAUCAUCUUUAACUUGAUACUUUUGCUGACUGUGUUUGAAAUGCAUGCUGAUUAGUUUAAGACUUUUAAAUGUUCUUUUCCAGUCAUUAAAGGCAUCCAUUAUUUUCUAUUAAUUUCCUUUUUUCACAGGAUGGUCAAUUAUCAGACUCUUGACUUACAGUAAACAUUAGCAA